AUGGCAGAGAAAACACGGGAAGUUGAAUCGGAAAUGAUACACAGCGAGUCAAGAGAGCACGGGGUUCUUUUCGGUUAUCAUCGAGAGUCUUCCAAGGUAUUCGAUAUGCUCGAAAAGGAUGCGGCAUUCUACGCUCUGAAACUCGUCAAAUUUGCCAGUCCGGAAGCUGCUAUUGACGUCUUGAAACACAUAAAUCAUGAUCAUGCCCAUAUGGAAGAAACCAAGAAUGAACGCCUCCUAUGUGUCCUUCCCUCGGGUGCACCAGCUCUGAAUGGAAACCUCCAUGUACAGACUUCUAGAACUACUAAUGGGGCGUCAAAUGGGAAUUUGUAUCCGAUGCAGUUUGUGAACGUCGAAGAUAGUGCCUCAUCACGCUCAACAUCCCCACUGCCACCGCAAAUGCCCUCCCCAUCAAGUGCAAUGGGGUCGUACACGACUUCUGGGCCAGGUAGCGGUGGCAGUAGCCAAAUGUCAGUCCCCUCGACAACGUCGUCAUUUGUCUCAAUCGCUGCCGGUCCAUCAACGACCUCAUCACCCAUGUCUACAUCUUCGGGAGCUCAAACGACUGCGUCCGGUGGACAGUUAUCCAAUUCACAAUCACCACACAAAGCACUUCGACGACAAUACACCCCUGUAGCACCGGACUAUCACAGAACACACGUUCAUAUAUCAACAACCCCCUACAAACCGGAUUUCUAUCAGCAACAAGCCGUCCGCUCACAACAAGCCAAUUACAAGCCGUCGAUUUUCAUCGAACGAGGGCCUGAUAGGCCGAGCGGCGCUAUGAAACAGCACUACGUGGUCCGGGAUACAUUCAAAAGUGCACUGGACUCAUCUAUGUCGGCCCCAAUGGGUCAAUCGACGUCCCAUGUCCAAAUCGGUGGCAUGCCUUCCCAUCUAAACCGAUACGGACAACAACCUCCUCAUGCGGUAAUUCGGACGACUUUCAGUGCUGCACCCCUGAAGAGUAUGGUGAAUAUAAAUGUGUCGCCCAUUAAUAAGAAUACCGAAACUCGUACAUAUCGAUUGGAUGUGACCGGACGAGAUGGGGGUGUGUCAUCGGUGCAUGGUAUUCCCGGUUCCGUUACCGGUGUUCAGAAUAUCAUAGUGGAUCCGGAUAAGGCACAUCGCGGUUUUGUCGGCUAUGAAGAUGAACUUCGACCGAAGCACGUCUGUGCUGACGUCGUGCCAUCGACGUCGAAAGAACCCAUCAGGCAUGAACGAUUGGAGCGUAGCUAUGGAGUAGCAGCGAUGCAGCAGCACUCCUCUUCAAGAGGUGAUCCAGCACAACCGGCUGUAACCCGUUGCACGUCACCAUUACCGGAAUCGAUAGCUAGUCGUUUGAAGCAGCAGAAAUAUGAGAAAUAUGUCAAGCCAUGCAAACCGCGAAUGUUUUGCUUCUUUAUGGAACAACAUGUCGAACGAUUAUUGGCUCAAUACAAAGAACGAAUGAAACGAGCACAUCAGUUAUUCCAUACGGGCGAAGAGCUGAUUGCUUUCUCUAAACAACGAAACUUUUUCGGCCUCAGCAAAUUCGUCUACACCACAGGCUCAUUCUGGAAUGCCAUCUUGGACUAUGUAUGCGGGAGAGGCCCGAUUCUUUUUCUCCAAUCGUAUUCUGUAUUGAAGAUUUGA